AUGGCGGACGGCAGACGGGCACAAUCCGCAAAGGAAUAUGAUGCUGCCUCUUUAACCCACGAGUUCGAGCAACUGAUGCGCACCAAACGAUUCAACCGACUCCAGGAACAUGCUCGCUCCCGUACUCAGUCUCCAUCACCAUCACCACUGUCCAGUUCAUCGAUCCCGCCACCUCCCUCUCGUGCGCCACCACCUCCUCCUUCCUCCGGCAUCACUGCCGCUCCAUCCCCCAGCCCGUCUUCAAAGUCAUCGACGACCUCAUCAGCACUUCGCGGCCUACCCAUCAUGCCAUCGCCUCCUCAGGAUCCCAGUUCACUCAAGUUCUUUAAUUUGCUGAAGGGACUAUCCGUCACACCUACCAAGUACGAAAACCCGGGUUUAUUGGAUGAGGCAUUGUGUGUCAUUCCGCUCGAUCGCCUGUAUUCCGAAGCCGAAGAAGAGUCCCAGAUCAUGCAAGCCUCGGCUGCCAGCGUGUCAGGAAAGCCAGAAUGGGGCUACCAAGAUUGUGUGAUCCGAGCAUUGCUAAGGUGGUUCAAGGGAUCUUUCUUCAAAUUCGUCAACAAUCCUCCCUGCUCUAAAUGCCACAUGCCCACGAUCGCCCAAGGCAUGACUCCUCCUAGUCCCGAUGAAACCGCCCGCGGUGCCACCCGAGUUGAAUUGUACCGUUGUUCCGAUAACAGCUGUGCCGCCCACGAACGAUUUCCACGGUACUCCGACGUGUGGCAAUUGCUGCAAUCCCGACGAGGCCGAGUCGGCGAAUGGGCCAAUUGUUUCAGUAUGUUCUGCCGUGCGGUCGGAGCCCGAGUCCGUUGGGUGUGGAACUCCGAAGACUACGUUUGGACCGAAGUGUACUCAGAACAUCAACGACGAUGGGUUCACGUCGAUGCUUGCGAGGGCGCCUGGGAUCAGCCUCGUCUCUAUACAGAGGGGUGGCAACGCAAAAUUUCUUACUGCGUCGCUUUCUCCAUCGAUGGUGCGACUGAUGUCACUCGCCGAUACGUUCGCAACUUCUCCCGACACGGUAGCCCUCGCAAUCGCGCCCCUGAAGAAGUGGUUCUUUGGUCUAUUCACGAGAUUCGCCGGAAGCGCCGUGAGAACAUGUCGAAGACCGAUCAGCGCCGCUUGAUUAAAGAAGAUGAGCGUGAAGAGAAGGAACUUCGUUGCUACAUGGCCUCUGCUCUGGCAGCAGAGAUCAAUAACAUGCUCCCACGCAGCCUCUCUGGUCGCCCUGAGGACCAGAAGCAUCCCGGUGCGCGCCAGGAGGCUUCUACCGAGUGGCUUGCCGCACGAGGACACGGUCACUCUGGCCCUGAUCGUUCGCCCGAAGGACGGUAA